AUGGCCCUGAAAGGACAAGCCGCGACAGGCUGGAAGGCCUGGUCCGUAAAGAAGCGCAUGCUAAUCAUCGGCUCUGUCGCUCUCGUGAUCGCCCUCGCUAUUGGUCUGGGUGUCGGUUUGGGUGUUGGUCUGCAUAAGGGAGGGGACGACGACGAAGGCGAGGUUCCGCCCACCUCUGGAGGGGGCGUGACCACGGCCAAGUGGCAACCGGCUGUGGGAACGAAAUGGCAGAUCGAGCUUCUGUAUGCUCUCAACGACACCUCGGUGGAUGCGGAUAUCUACGAUAUCGAUCUCUUCAACAACGACAAGUCGACCAUCGACGAUCUGCACAAGCAAGGCCGCAAGGUGAUCUGCUACUUUUCCGCCGGAAGCUACGAGAACUGGAGACCCGACAAGGACAAGUUCAAGGAUUCCGACCUGGGCCGCACGCUUAAUGGAUGGCCGAACGAGAAAUGGCUCAAUCUCAACUCCGCGAAUGUGCGCAAGAUCAUGACGUCGCGUCUGGAUAUGGCGGUCGAGAAGAACUGCGAUGGAGUCGACCCGGAUAACGUCGAUGCGUACGACAACGAGAACGGCCUAGACAUGAAGAAGGAGGAUUCGGCGAACUUUGUGAUGUGGCUUGCCAACGAAGCGCAUGCGCGCAAUAUGUCCAUUGGAUUGAAAAAUGCCGGGGCGAUCAUCCCCGCAGUGAUCGACAACAUGCAGUGGAGCGUGAACGAGCAAUGCGCGCAAUAUGAGGAGUGCGACACCUAUGCCGCUUUCAUCGAUAAGAACAAGCCCGUCUUCCAUAUCGAAUACCCUAAGGGUGACGACACGAACAACAACGAAAUGGUCACCACGAACCAGAAGAACAAAGCUUGCGACUUUUCCGGAUCUUCCAACUUUUCGACCGUCAUCAAGAACAUGAAUUUAGACAACUGGAUCCAGGCUUGCUAG